AUACAAUCCAACAAACUACCUAUCUUAACCGGGCUUUCUCAGUCUCCUCAGUAUCUUGACUUCAUAUAAAUUCAAAUAUUGGCAAACACCUCCCACUUCCAUGCAACGACAAAAGCGACGACCAACAGACUCUAUUGACGAGCCUUCCUCGUCCUCCAAGCGAGCUCCACCAUACAAGAAGACGCGGAUCGUCGAACCAGGUGAAGAUCCAGCCACUUUCGCUGAAGAAGUCGACUCUGCUCUCGAAAACCCGUCUGCUCAUCGCAAAGGGCGCGUCAAGAAUGAGGGAUAUGAUUCGGACUCUAGCGAUGACGGCGAAGGUGUAGUCUAUAGCAGGAAAAAGGAAACAGAGAACAAUGACGACGACGACAUGUUCGCGGCAGCCGAGAAAGAGGAAAAGGCUGAAGAAACGAGCACAAAGAAGAAGAAGGAGAGUUAUAUGCGGCUAGGUGAUAUUGAAGGACAGGAAUUCGGCAAGUCUGAUUCAGAUGAAGACGAUUUGGAGGAAGAACCAGAGGAUGAAGACGACGCUGAACGCAGGAAAAAAGCCGGAAUGGGAUAUGAACUGUCCUCGUUCAAUAUGAGAGAAGAGAUGGAGGAAGGAAAGUUUACGGAAGAUGGGUCUUAUGUUCGCUCAUUUGACCCUCAUGGCAUUCACGAUCGCUGGAUGGAGGGUCUAGACGAGAAGGAGAUCAAGCUAGCACGAAAACGGAAGCGACAGCAGGAGCAGAUACAAAAGGAAAGAAUAAUGGCAGAGGAAAAGGAACUUGAGGAGAGCGGUGGCAAGCCCACGCUGGAGAAACAGCUGUUGCCACUGCUCAAAAAGGGCGAAACCGUGUUAGAAUCAUUACAACGACUGGGUGUAGAAGUCAAGAAAGCGAAGAGAAGAUCGAAAAAGAACGCCCCGAGUGAUACCAUGAACGUGGAACCAGUCGCCAAGGUGCCCUCUGACAUUGAGCAUAUCACUCAUUUGGCUUCGACCAUCAUGUCACUAGGAGACACGGAUAUAUAUUCCAAAACCUACGAAGAGUUAGUCCGCUCUGUCAGAUCCUCUGGCACAGUCGACGCGAACUGGGUCCCUCCAUCUGCGAAUAAAAAGUACGAGUACAAGUGGGAUAUGCCUGGUGCUAGUCAAUCCGAUCAGAUCUUUGGUCCGUUUGAAGAGGAGGAGAUGCAAUCAUGGUUCAAAGCAUCUUACUUUGGACCCUCAGGAGAGAAAGUCAAAGUCAGACAUGUAGGGGGAGAGUGGAUGGAUUGGGAUGAACUGCUACCAUGACAUGUUUUCUUACUACUUCCUAACAUGUAUCUUUAUUGUAUCUCUACUCCAGCUCUAUUCCAGAAUCGUACUUAAGUCGACAGGUUUUCAGCUUUCUAAUAUACAUAUAUAUA